AUGGCUUCUUCGAUCCCUAAUGCGCCCUCUGCGUUGAAUUGUCAGAGCUAUGUCGGUCUCCGAUCGCCGCAGAGGAGCUUCAACUUUUGCUUUCCUCAAGCUGCCAAGAAGUCGUUCCCUUCACGGAUUUUCGUCGUGAGAGCGAGUGAUUCUGAUUUUGAAGCCGCCGUUGUCGCCGGAAAGGUUCCGCCGGCGCCUCCCGUGCCGCCUAAACCGGUGGCUCCUGUUGGAACUCCCGUGGUCCCUUCGCUUCCACUUCACCGGCGUCCUCGCCGGAACCGGAAGUCGCCUGCGCUUCGGUCGGCUUUUCAGGAAACGAGUAUCUCGCCGGCGAAUUUUGUGUAUCCGCUCUUCAUUCACGAAGGCGAAGAAGAUACUCCAAUCGGAGCUAUGCCUGGAUGCUACCGGCUUGGGUGGAGGCAUGGACUUGUAGAAGAGGUUGCAAAAGCUCGGGAUGUUGGUGUUAAUAGUAUUGUGCUCUUCCCCAAAAUUCCAGAUGCCUUGAAGUCUCCUACAGGAGAUGAAGCAUACAAUGAAAAUGGUUUAGUGCCUCGGACAAUACGUUUGCUCAAGGAUAAGUACCCAGACCUUGUUAUCUAUACAGAUGUUGCAUUAGAUCCUUAUUCAUCAGAUGGGCAUGAUGGCAUAGUUAGAGAAGAUGGAGUUAUUAUGAAUGAUGAAACAGUUCAUCAGCUAUGUAAACAAGCUGUUACCCAGGCCCAAGCUGGAGCAGAUGUUGUCAGUCCUAGUGAUAUGAUGGAUGGUCGGGUAGGAGCACUGCGUGCAGCUCUUGAUGCUGAAGGCUUUCAGCAUGUUUCUAUAAUGUCCUAUACAGCAAAGUAUGCAAGUUCUUUUUAUGGUCCAUUUAGAGAGGCACUAGACUCCAACCCCCGGUUCGGAGACAAGAAAACUUAUCAGAUGGACCCAGCUAAUUACAGAGAAGCUCUGACUGAGAUGCGGGAGGAUGAAUCUGAAGGAGCUGACAUUCUCUUGGUGAAGCCUGGUCUUCCGUAUUUGGAUAUCAUAAGGCUGCUCAGGGAUAAUUCUCCUUUGCCAAUUGCAGCAUACCAGGUUUCUGGCGAAUAUGCAAUGAUAAAGGCUGCUGGGGCACUCAAAAUGAUAGACGAAGAAAAGGUUAUGAUGGAGUCAUUGAUGUGCCUCCGAAGGGCCGGUGCGGAUAUUAUCCUCACAUAUUCUGCUCUGCAAGCUGCCAGAUGUUUGUGUGGCGAGAGGAGGUGA